UAGAGAUACUACUGUUAUUGACGUCAAAAAUUUACAUAAAAUUGCGACUUCCAAAGCGCAGGAGAAGAAACGGUGCAAAGCGCAACAAACUUAGCUCAACCUUCUUUAAGCUUACUGACAAGGAUUAUUGGCACAUAUUCAUCAGCACAAUUGAAGAUGAAAGGAAAAAAUAAGGAUUACUUGGAUGAACCGUGAAAAAACCGAGAGGAAUCGCUAGCUUCGCGUUCAUCUCACAUUGCUGUUAUAUGCCUGAUCGUAAACACGUCUGGUUUGGCGCCAAUUUGUUGUGUAGUUUCGUUAAAAAAUUGUGAUAUUAUGGAAAUCUAUGAUCAUCUCGGACGCUUAAUGUUCGAUAGUCUGAAGCAAUGGCCCGAUGGUAUAUGUCAGAUAGACGCGUCAACAGGCGAGAAAGAGACGAACUCCUCAGUGCUAUCUCGCUCUGUCCAGUUGGCGAAUUGCUUCAGGAGAUUCGGUCUUCAACCCGGAGACGUUUUGUCCUUAAGUGGGAAAAAUCAUCUGGAUAUCCACAUACCAUAUUACGCUGCUCUGUUUAAUGGACUGCCUAUAGCGGGUGUUGAUCCGACUUUUAAAUAUGAUGAAAUAAAAACCUUGCUCAAACUGACUGAGGCCAAAAUAGCGUUCUGCCAGCCAGAGUUGUAUGAAGACUACGCCGCAGCGGCUUCAGACCUUGGUUUGGAGCUGAGGAUAGUCACUUUUGGUGAAGGAGACCAUUCUUUGAAGAACUUUAUCCAGGAAUUCGACUGCCAAAAUGGUCGAGAGUUUGAGCCAGCAAAUAUAGACAUUGAAAAAACGUUCGCAUGGCUAGUCUGCACGAGCGGAACCACGGGCAGACCAAAGCUGGCUGCUUUCAGACAUGACACUAUUGUACAGAAAAUAGCUACUGUGCUUGAGUUGACCAGGCAUGUCACAAGUUUAGAAUACAAAGUAUCACUAAAUCUUGCGCCUGUGCAGUGGAUAUCAUCAUACAUCAACACAAUAUUAUCCCCCAUCACUAAACACACCAGGGUGCAGACUUCAGCCGCGUCUACUCCUGAACAUGUCAUUGACAUAAUCAACAAAUAUAAGCCUCGCACAGUCCUAACCAGCCCGGCCCUGCUGAUGAAUAUAUUGAGUCUUGAGCGAGAGAAACCGUGUGACUUCACGUGCUUCGACUCCAUUUGCAUCACCGGGUCCAAGGUGCCAGCAGACCUUAUAGUGGAACUCAGGAAGAGAUCGCACGCUGACUCAGUGGUGAUGGAGCUGCACGGACAGACGGAGACGAUGGGCGUGGUGCUGUGGCCGAGCCCUGCGGCGCCGCUCGGCAGCUGCGGGAGACUCGUGCCCUCGUGUCAAGUACAGUUGGUAAACGCAGAUACUGGAGAGGUGAUACACAAGCCUUAUGAGCACGCAGAACUGUGGUGUAAAGGACUUAGAUUUACUGAAUAUUACAAAAAUCCAGAAGAAACUGCGAAGGCGAUCUCUGAAGACGGUUGGUACAGAACCGGCGAUAUAUUUUACAAGGACGAAAAUGAAAAUUUCUACUUCGUGGAAAGACUGAAGUUGCUCAUCAAGUACAGAAACUAUCACGUUAUCCCCGUAGAGUUAGAAGAAGUGAUACGCACACACGCAAACGUGGCGGAUGUGUGCGUGACAAGCGUAUACGACGCGUGUGACGGUGAGCACCCGGCAGCGUGUGUGGUGCGCAAGCCGGGGUGUGACGUCACCGCGGCGGAAAUCAAGGAACUCAUUGCUAGUAAAUUAUCAGACAGUAAGCAGUUGCGAGGUGGUGUGGUGUUUCUGGACGAGUUGCCGUACACAACGACUGGGAAAGUGGCCCGAGCGCGCUUGAAGAGUUUGAUCCAAGAGGCUCAUAGAGAAUAGGCUAAUUAACCUGUUUUAAAUAAAAAUAAAUAUGUUGUAAAUGUAGUUGAUGUUGAAAUAGAAGUAAAUGUAUACGAUGAUGAAAUAAAAGUAAAUAUAUUGUGUAUAAUAUACAUCUGAAUAAAAAUAUUGAUGAGAAUUUGU